AGGCUUACUGUCAGCGGCGCUGCCCCUCACUCCAGCUUUAAGCUGCCCUGUCACCUACAAUGUAUGAGGAAGGACAGCUGAGGAGUUCGGGCGUAGACCCUCGUGCUGUUCAGGUCUCAGACCAAAGCCAACAUAACAGGGCGCUGCUGUGAAGGCACCAUGGAAUCGGAGGCAAAGCGACUGAAAGAGAAGAUCAAGGAGAAGCUGCCAGUAACGGGGCCACAAGCAGCAAGCAUCUAUGAGUUGGCACGGUGGUACUGCUACAACACCAACACCCACGGCUGCCGCAGGAUUGUGGUGUCUAAAGGCCGGCUGCGCCGGACAAUCUGGCUGAUCCUGACCCUUGGCGCCGUGGGGAUCAUUUUAUGGCAGUGCGGUCUUCUCAUCGCCUCCUACUACACUGCUUCCGUCGCCAUCACCGUCCAGUUCCAGGAGAUUCCCUUCCCUGCCAUCACCAUCUGCAACAUGAACCCAUACAGAUACUCUGCAACGAGACAUCUCCUUCAGAAACUGGACCAGGAGACGCAGAUUGCCAUCAAUGAGCUUUACCACUUCAACACUUCCAACAGCAGCCAAUGGCGAGCUCGGCGAGACACCACUGAAAGCCAAGGGGGCGGAUUUUCCGACAGUAUUCCACUGCUGCGGGUCAAAGUGGGCCAGGAUUACACCAUCCUGUCUGACCUCAUUACCAAGAGGCAACAGAGGAUGAACGGGACAUUCCAAACCCGAUCGUUCGGGGGCAGCCACACCCUGAAACCAAACAAUGUGAUUGGCUUCAAGUUGUGCGAGAAGAAACACGAUGAAUCGACCUGUGACAUCUAUACAUUCAACUCUGGCACAGCCGCCAUCCAGGAAUGGUAUCGACUCCACUACCUCAACAUUAUGGCACGGGUGCCCGAACAGGCCAAACUGCAGAUGGGAUACUCUGCUGCUGAUCUCAUAUUAUCCUGUUCGUUUGGGGGAAGAGCCUGCGAUUCAAGGAACUUCAGCCUAAUGCAUCACGUGCUGCGUGGAAACUGCUUCACGUUCAACAGUGGAGAAGAUAGCAGGGCUCUGCGAACCAGCAACGCGGGCAGUGAGAAUGGCCUGAAGGUGACUCUGCAUGUGGAUGAGGAUGAGUAUAAUCCAUACCUCGUCACUUCAAUGGGAGCCAAAAUUGUCAUUCAUGAUCAGAACGAAUACCCCUUCAUUGAAGAUGUGGGGAUUGAGAUUCAGACAGAAACCCAAACGGCCAUGGGCCUUGAAUUGACUGUAUUACAAAGACUGGGUAGUCCGUACAGUGACUGUACAAUGGACGGGCUGAAUGUGCCAGUGACAAAUCUCUACAACAAAAGAUACACUUUACAGAUGUGUCUACACUCGUGCUUUCAGAUGGAAAUGGUUCGAUGAUGCUGUGGGUGUGCCCAUUAUGAGAAGCCGCGACCUGCCGAAGCAGAGUACUGCGAUUACGCAAAGUUCCCAGGCUGGAUUUCCUGCUAUUACAGACUGCGCAAUCAAUUUAUUCAAGAACAAUUGGUUUGCCAGAAGAUUUGCCGACCUGCCUGUCACUCUAAGGAAUGGACAAUGACUGUUAGCGUCGCACAGUGGCCCUCAACACCAUCUGAGGAGUGGAUCCUUCACCUUCUGAACUGGGAAAGGAAACUCAAUCGAAACCAAACACUAAGAAAGAAUGCGUUAGCCAAUCUGGCCAUCUUCUAUAGAAGUCUGAAUCUGAGGAACAUAACUGAGACAGCAGAAAAUAAUAUUGUCACCUUACUCUCAAAUUUUGGAGGCCAGCUGGGACUCUGGAUGAGCUGCUCUGUGGUUUGUGUUAUUGAGAUAAUAGAGGUGUUCUUCAUUGACAUGUUCCUAAUUGGUGCACGGAAAGGCAUACAGACAGUUCGUAAGUGGUGGCGGAGAGAGAAAGAAGAGGAGGAACCACCGACAGCCAGUAGUAGGGCUCACAGAUCUUCAGUCUACAUCAACGAUGAAGACCCCCCAACUUUUAACGCUGCCCUCCAGCUGCCUUGCGCUCAGGCAUCGGACAUGCUGCCUCCCACCUACGAAACACUUCAGAUGCAUGCAGACUUCCUCCCAGACACAGCUGGUUUGAGGUGCUGCACUCACUGACUGCUGUAUGGCAGGAAUGUCAGAGGAUGUCUUCAACCUGGUAGUAGAACAAGGCAGUGCAGGAGGGUUAAGCUCGUUCAUGGUCAGCAAGCAAGAAUAACCCAACAACUCAGAGCAAAUGCUAAAAAAUAUAUUGUCUUCUCAUCUUUGUGAUUCUAUCUGUAAUAAAUGCUAUUUCAAAUA